AUGCUCGAUCGUCGAACAAACAGACUCGACGAGGACCCCUAUGAGACCGUGAUCGGCGACGAGAGGUCCCUGGAGUUCCUCGCGACGCCUAGAGACACGUACGACUCGCGAUCGGUGUCGAGGAUCGCCGAUUAUAGGAGGCGAUACGACGAGUUCGAAGGUCGCGAAUACACCGAGACCACGUUGACGGAGCCCGUCAGCGAACUGCACGACUACAACAGCAGCAGUGCGAACAGCCUCGACGAUCUCUGCCGCGGUCAUCAACGGAUGAUCGCCGAUUUCAAUCGUCCCGAGACGACCAACACCCACGAUCAUUACAUGGUGCCCACUCGCGAUCCACGCGAGCUGAACGAGAGAAUUCUGUCGCUGUUCAAUCCACAGUUCCUACCGAACUUCAACGACAUGAUCAUGUACGUGGCCAGCCAGGUCGACGCCAGGCGAAGCCCGCCCCCCAGGUCGCGAUCCAUGGCCGAAGGGGACGAUCGCUUCUUCAGGAGCUCCAGCUACCGCAAGAAACGCGUCGGGGCAAGCUCGAUGUUUUUCCGACGCGGAUUGACUUACGAGGCGGCGCGCAAGUGACACCGGGUGUUCAUUCUCGGACUGAAGCAAAGGAUUCACGGCUGGAUCGACGGGCCAAAACUUGAGAGCGUCUCGUCGUCGGGAUGAACGAUCAAUGAAGAAAAUACCUGAUAAGGUCGACUCCUUGCGUCUGUUCAAGCGGAGUUUCACUGAUCCGUUGUAUAGGUAACCUCGACGGGACUCUCGUUGGCGCUUUAACGUACUAUGGUGUCUUCUAGUUUACACCAGCUGGCGUUGAUGUGUCUUUUUGUCAAAGAGAGUCGAUAAAAUCGACUCCCGGAAUCGAACGAUGACCGAAACGGGCGUCAAAGUGUCGAGAAGAUCAAGUGAACGGUAUACCUAGUGUCGGCGUUACGCAAACUCUCGGACGUGAUGUCUCCCCAAGGAAUACGGGAUCUCUUUUUCGUCGUAGUUCGUCGCGGAGAACGAGCCUGCUUCCCACGAACAGAGACACACACGAACGUUGAAUUAUUUUUUUAAACAAUGCUCUCUCCGACUGUCUUAUCGCGCGACGGACGCAACGAAGGCACUCGGGGACUAAUUACGCGCAGAACCCGAACCCUGGUUCCUCGGGUUCUUCCUUUCCGUUUUCUCAGCAGUACGGCAAUGGAGGGAUACGCACGGGUGGUGAGAGGAUACGAGCAACAACGAUGGUAACGAAGGAUCGACUCGUAGUUGUGCAAUGUGAUACGAUCAGAGGAGACUGUGUUCGUAGCAGUGACCUGCUUAGGUGCUUAGGACCGCGGUGAUUUUUUCAACGAAAAGGGAAAGUCUUGGCGCGGGCCGUCGUUUCUCGAGCUUCUUAUUGAGUUUUGAGUUCGGUGCUCAAAGUGGAGAGAUAAAAAGGCGGGGGCGAUUAACUCUUUGUGGUCAAAACCCGGGAUAUUUCUGACGUGAGGAUGCGAACGUUGUUUAGGUAGGGAAACCUAACACUGUAUGUAUUACUUGUUGCGUCAAUGCAAUGAGAAAACUCCGUCUGAUUAUUAACAUAUUCAAGUGAACCGAAAAAUGUUCAAAUAUUUCUUCUUUCUAUGUUCUUUUUGGUAAUUAUGUAGAUGAUUGACAGCCUUACCGAUUUCUAUUAACUUAUUUAGCCUAUUUAAGACAUUAGAAGUUUUCCGAGAACCGCCCAAAAAUUACUUGAAAAAUAUAACUUAUUACAAUUAACGUGUAUUCCUUAAAAAUGAAAAUAAUCCAUGCUUUGUUCUUUAAUCCCUUGAACGGCGAAUUCUUAUAUGGAUUUUGUUUUGAUUUAACGAAUACACAGUAACCAAAGCAAUUUUUAUCUGUAAAUCGAUUUUGACAUACCUGUGUCACUUUAAUAUUGUAUAUUUUUUAAUUCUAAAACGUAUUGUGAUUGUAAAUAACGGUAAUUAGAUACAAUAGUAAAUUUACACAUAGGUGUCAGUAUUAUGACACAUGAAUUUUACAUGAAGGAAAGAUAACAAUUAUUUUCCAUAAAUUAAAGUUCGUAAUCAAUGGUAAAAAAGAAAAUAUUUAUAUCGGUGAAACGAUUUUGAUCUUUCUAUGAAAGAUUUCAUAUUUUUGAGGAAGUGAAAAUAAUUAUAUUUUGUGUAAAACAA